AUGGCCUUCACACUGGCCUUCCUAGUCUCCGCUGUUGCCGCACGCCGACCGGCAAACGCUUCUCGAGCCACAAGCCAGGAGCACAAGAUCGAGGCACCGCCCGAUGCGGUGGCCACCCCUCGUGGGUCGACUGACCUCUUCUCCUUCUCGAGUGAGAUUCCCGACUGGCGGGGCGCCUGCGCCUCCGUUGACCGCGCCGACCUCGAGGUCGAGCAGGGAGAGAGCGAGGCACCCGACAUGGACACGACCGGCAGCGCUCCCUGGUACCGCCUUGUGGGUUCCCUCGUGCUCGAGUCCGGGGAGCCACCCGGCUGCUGGGCCGCCCCUGGCAUGGAGCGCGCGGACCAGGCGAUCAGCGUGGACCAGGCGAUCAGCGUGAACCAGGCGAUCAGCGUGGACCAGGCGAUCAGCGCGGAGAUCAACACGGCCGAGACGAACACGGCCGGCAGCUCUCCCCUCCUCAUCGGUGCCCUCAUGGGGUGCCUGGGCUUCUCUGUCGUGGCGCUGUCGUGGAGCGGCUCCUCGGCCAGCAAGACUGGCCCCGACAAGGUCGACGGCCAGAAGCGCUCGAGGCGCGCCAAGGAGAACGAGGUCGUGGCACUGACUGGCAGCACUCAGAUCUUCUUCUUCUUCUUCUACUUUGUCGCAAUGGUCGGCUUGUGCGGCGUGGCCUACGAGGCCUUGAACACUCGGGGGCGCGGCGCCAUGUCGGGUCUCCUAUCCGUCAACAGCAUCGUGCCCGACUCGUGUGCGGCCGACGCAGCUUGGCAGGCCCGGAGGCUGGUCGAGACGGGCCUCGUCGGCGCGGGAGCCUUGCGGCUCGGGCGAGUCGCCUCGCUCCAGCCACCCGCCGCCCAACUCCGCGUGGCCGCCGCGGCGCUGCUCGUGGGCAGGGCGGCCGCGUCGCCGCUCUCUCCGACGCCUCUUUUACCCUACAACAACGAGACGGGAUGGUCGACGCUCUGGAGCAGGACCGGCGACCAGGGCGACGAAAGGCGCGACGCGGCGGUCGCCCUGCCCGCCUCGGCGACGCAGGACCGGUUCAACAGCCGGACGGGGUCGGGCUACAGGUCGGACAUGGCGCUGAACGACCUCCGCGACUCGGUCAACAACCAAACCGGCAAGCCUGGCGACCUCGUCGUCGAGCUGCCAGAGGGAGCCCGCCUCGAAUGGGCCGUCUGCUCGCAGCUUCGCGUGCACUCCGUGCACAUGACUCUGCGGAGCGUGGGCGCCGGCGCAACCCUCGACGCCAUGAACUGCUCCCGCCACUUUGACGUCGCCUUUGGCGGCACGCUCGAGCUCGAGCGCGUGCACCUCGUCAACGGCGAUGGCGAUUGA